AUGACCGAGAGCAUGGGCCCUGUCGCCCGUCGCAUCCACGAGAAGCUGCGGACUGCCUUUGCGCCGCAACAUUUGGACGUAACGAACGAGAGCUUCAUGCACAAUGUCCCCAAAGGCUCCGAGACGCACUUUAAGGUGGUCGUCGUGACCGACCAGUUCAAUGGGAAGCCGCUCCUUCAGCGUCAUCGAAUGGUGAAUGCAGUCCUGCAGCAGGAGCUCGACGAGGGCGUGCAUGCGCUCAGCAUCCUCAGCAAGACGCCCCAGCAGUGGGCAGCCAAUGCCGCGGUCCAGGCCUCGCCCAGCUGCCGCGGCGGAAUGGCCACCGACCCGACCAAACAGGUGUUCCUGGAGAACCUGAAGCAGGAAAAGGAAAAGCUCGACAGUGACUGUGCGAGUGAGUGA